UUUUUUUUUUACUUUCUCUUUUCUCUCUUUUAUAUACAUAUUUAUAUAUAUCCUUAAUAAGCAAAUGGAAAAGUUAGUUAUUAAUAAAGAAGAAAAGACAAGCAACAGCAAUAAGCCAACUAUCUAUUUGAGUCAUCCUCAUGUACUUAAUAAAUCUUCAUUUACAGAUAAUGGCUUUCCACCUAAUCAUCCAUUAGCUGGAUUACCUUUUCCAUCUCCUUAUCAACAGCAACAACAAAUUCGUCUUACGUAUUUUCAUACCCGUUCUCCAGUUUAUGUUGAAACACCCAGUUUUGGCUUGAAAGAUUUCGAACUAAAAGACACGUUAGGGACAGGAACAUUUGGUAGAGUUUAUCUUACAAAAUUCAUCCCCUCUAAUAAAUACUAUGCUAUGAAAGUAUUAAAAAAAUCUGAAGUGGUGAGAUUAAAGCAAGUAGAACAUUUAUUAUCUGAAAAGCAGAUAUUAUCUUCAGUUCGAUUUCCAUUUAUUGUAGAUCUUUUCUGUACUUUUCAAGAUAAUACCAACUUGUAUAUGUUACUUGAAUAUGUGGUAGGUGGUGAGCUUUUUACACAUUUACGUCGAGCUGGUCGUUUUACGAAUGACAUGACUCGUUUCUAUGCCUCUGAAAUUGUCUUGGCUAUUGAAUAUCUUCAUUCUAAAGAUAUUAUUUAUCGUGACUUAAAACCUGAAAACCUCUUGAUUGAUCAUCAAGGACAUAUCAAGAUUACAGACUUUGGAUUUGCAAAGAAAAUUGUCGAUCGAACAUGGACAUUAUGUGGUACACCUGAAUAUUUAGCACCAGAAAUUAUUCAAUCCAAGGGGCAUGGUAAAGCAGUUGAUUGGUGGGCACUUGGUAUUUUAAUAUUUGAAAUGUUAGCAGGUUAUCCUCCAUUUUUCGAUGAUAAUUCAUUUGGAAUUUAUGAAAAAAUAUUAAUGGGAAAAGUACAAUUUGCAGCUCAUUUUGAUCCAUUAGCUAAAGACUUAUUGAAAAGAUUAUUAGUGAGUGAUCGAACGAAACGAUUAGGGAACUUGAAGGGAGGAUCAGAAGAUGUGAAAAGACAUAAAUGGUUUAGAGGAGUGGACUGGAUAGGAUUGUUAGAAAAGAAUGUGAGGGCACCUAUUAUUCCGCAUUAUCCACAUCCUGGAGAUACAAGUAAUUUCGAAAAAUACCCAGAAACAACAUUUGAUAAUCAUUUUAAUCAAGAAGAUCCUUAUAAAGAUCUUUUUAAAAACUUUUCAUAAUAUGGGCAGCAUUAUUAUAUUAAAAUACCCUGUUAUUUUAUUCACACAGACACUUACACACACACACACACACACACACUUACACAUACAUACAUACAUACAUAUAUAUAUAUGUUAUAUAUCCUUUUGAUAAGGUCGGAGAUGAUCUAUUUCUCC